CAUGAGCAUGCUGUUGCUUGUGCAGCCUUGCUUGAAGUGGGUGUUCCGAAAACCCGAGAAACAGACAUGUCUCCAUGCACCCUACUGAUGCGGAUACUGCAGUGAGGAAAACCACUGCGCAAGCCGAUGGAUUCCUCCAAAACAAGACCUCAGUGCGGGGUGAUAUCUGACAGAGUUAUGCAGUACAUGAGCAUAACAAAUCUGGUGCAUCAAACUCCAGCUGAGACGCUAUCUGUCCAUGACCCUUAUCAUGGCCCGUAGUGGAACCAAAUCCAAUCCCGACCAGACCUCGGUUGGACCGGCGCUUUGGUCUCUUGGUAAGCACGCACCUUGGAAUCCGCAUCCUAUCUGCACUCAACUUGCAACUAUCCUCUCACCCCUCUACGGAGAAUUACCCCGCACGAUGUUCUACCUUGUUUACCUUUACUACAAAGUCCUCAUCACCGUCAUUAGGUUCCUCGGCCCCAAAGGCAUCAAGGCGACUCCCGAUGACGUCUACCACAUCCAGUCCCGCGACUCCGGUCGGACCAUCAAAGUCCACGCAUACCGAAAUGCAUCCGCGUCCGCGUCCACCUCCAAGCCGACCCCUGUGCUGAUCAACUUCCACGGAAGCGGGUGGGUGUUCUCCGUCCAUGGCAGCGACGACGCAUACUGCCGCGAAAUGAGCCGCGAAACCGACCGGACGGUCCUCGAUGUCCAGUACCGCCUGGCCCCCGAGAACCCGUUCCCCGCGGCACUCAACGACGCGGAGGAUGUGUUGAAAUGGGUUCUGGGACAGCCGGAGAAAUUCGACGUCAGCCGGGUCUCGCUGUCGGGAUUCAGCGCGGGAGGAAACCUUGCGCUCUCCACGGCUGCCAACCUGUUCCCCCAGGACACCCUUCACUCCGUCCUGGCGAUGUAUCCCGUCGUUGACAUGCAUACGGACAUCGCGCAGAAAAGUGCGCCCGACCCGUCGGGCAAGCCGAUUCCCGUUAGAAUGGCAAGGAUUUUCGACAUAUGUUAUACGCAUGGGGAGAGUGAUCCUCGGGACCCGCGGAUUUCCCCGCUUUAUGCUAGUGCCGACCGAUUUCCUGAUCGGGUGAUGAUUGUUACUGCGGCCUGCGACAAUCUGGCGCCCGAGGCGGAGGCCCUGGCGGAGAAAAUCGAGAAGGCGCCCGGGAGUGAGAGGGAGGUGGUGCGGGUGCGAAUGCCGAGCUGCAAUCACGGGUGGGAUAAGUCGGCGAAGAAGGGAACGGUGCAGUGGGAUGCCAGAGAGAAGAUGUACGCCAUGGCGGCGGCGAUGUUGUCGCGGUAAAUACUGUACCUAGGUAUCACCUGAUCAUUUCGAGCACAUAGUAGCAAGUCAGCCCUUGCCAGUAAA